GCUUCACGGCGCUUUGACUGGCCCAACAACACUCAUUGGAUGAGAACAGCCUUCAAACAUAGACGUGCAAUCACAUUAAACCCGCACCUUUCGUUUUAUUUUGUAAAAUAAAAAAGUCGAGUUUUGUAGAUGCAAAUGUAAGCUUGUUUUUCACUUUGAUUUCACUUUUUGUUGUGACAUCGCGCGCAUACUGAAUCAAAUCUACACCCGCUGAGAUUUUGCCCAUCUUCUCCAGUCGGGACAAGAGCAAGGAGCAGAGGACAUGUUCAACAGUUUUUAACUAAAGAAGCCUCAGUACUCAUUAACAAAUUUUCCAAGAAAUUCACAGGCGCACCAGGAAAGGGAAAGAUUUCCUCUUUGCGAAUCCCGUUUCCUCAGCGCAUUCGGAGAAAGAGGAGAGCUUGAGAAAUCAUGCUGGUUUCUGUGGAGAGGGUCACGAUACUAAAGUUUCGCUCCUGUAAGUUGGAUGAGUCGGUUUGAGCUGUAAAAAUCAACGUGUUUUCUCUGAGAGAACAGGAGUUUUUCGCCGCAUUCACGAGACACUGAUUUUAAUUUUUGGAGGAAGGCUAGGAUUGCAGAGGGAUUAUGACACCAAAUGACGACCUGAUCUGUGAGUCUUAGUCCUUCCCAUCUAUUUUGAGAAUGGAAGUGUUCCUGAUGGGGCCGCUGAGGCUCACUCUUCUAGUUCUGCUGAGCGGUGUGUCAUUUGGAGUGGUUGAACUGGAGCCCCUCGCUCAAAACCAGCCUAAGUCUCUCAGUCCCCAUCCACCUCAACAGAACAUCACCCUGGCAGUCAUCCUGCCUCUACACAACACUGAGUACCCCUGGGCAUGGCCCCGGGUCAGCCCUGCCUUGCACUGGGCCCUGGACAAGGUGAACUCUGACCCCAACCUGCUGCCAGGCUACCAUCUACAACUGGUUUUCAACAGCAGCGAAAACAAGGAAGGAGUGUGUUCGGAUUCAGUGGCUCCUCUCGUGGCCGUGGACCUGAAGUUUUCAUAUAACCCCUGGGCUUUCAUCGGGCCGGGAUGUGACUACUCGUCCUCACCGGUGGCCCGUUUCACCACACAUUGGGAGGUUCCGAUGAUCACGGGUGGAGCGAGAGCACUAGGUUUCAAUUUGUACUCAUCCAUCACCAACAUCGGCCCCACGCACAAGAAGCUGGGCGAGUUUGUGGUCAGGAUGCACCGGCAUUUCGGGUGGCACAAACACGCCCUGCUCAUGUUUAGCGAUAAUAAGAACGAUGACCGGCCGUGCUACUUUGCCGUGGAGGGGCCGUACACACAGAUGCGCGAGGACAACAUCACGGCAGAUGACAUGGUGUUUAAUGAGGAUGAUGAACCCGUCCGUUAUGAAGUGCUUCUCCGGGACAUCAGCCAGAAAGCCCGUGUGGUGUAUGUCUGCUGCAAGUGGGACACGUUUCGCAAGCUGAUGGUGGAGUUCUUGAGGUUGGGUUUUCCUCAGGAGGAGUACGCCUUCUUCUUCAUCGAUCUAUUUGGAUAUAGCCUGCAGAGCCACCCUGCCAAACCAUGGGCACGUGGAGAUGCUGAUGACAAUGUGGCCAAGGAGGCAUUUAAAAGCGUGAAGAUCCUGACCUACAGAGAGCCUCAGAACCCCGAGUACAAGGACUUUGUGUCCAAACUGAAGACAGAUGCCAUGGACAUGUUUAACUUCAGUGUGGAAGAUUCUCUGGUGAAUCUGAUUUCUGGCUCAUUCCACGAUGGAGUCAUGCUGUAUUCUCAUGCCCUAAAUGAGACUCUGGAUCGGUCGGGUGCGAGGCCCCCAGGGGACGUUAUCAAUAAGAGGAUGUGGAAUCGCACAUACCAUGGGGUUACCGGACUCGUUCAGCUGGAUGAGAAUGGCGAUCGGGAGAUUGACUUUGCUCUAUGGGACAUGACCGACACAGAUACUGGAGUUUAUCAGAUUGUGUCCGUGUAUAAUGGCAGUCAGAAGCGGAUGAUUCCGGAGCCAGGGAUGAAGGUGUACUGGCUGAAGGGAAGUCCGCCUCCAGAUAUCCCACUGUGUGGCUUCAAAAACGACAACCCUGCCUGCCUGGCAAAGACGGUCACCAUGCACCAGAUGAUCUCCAUAGUGGUGUGCUUCAUUUUUAUCAUCAUUGUAACGGUCACAGUCUUCAUAUACAGGAAGCUGAAGCUGGAGAAUGAGCUGACCGCUCAGCUGUGGCGUGUGCACUGGGAGGACAUCCAGAUGAGUAACAUGGAGAAGGUGCUGCGCAGAGCCUGCAGCAAACUCACCAUGUCAUUGAGAGGCUCUAACUACGGCUCACUGCUGACUAUGGAGGGAAACUUCCAGAUCUAUGCCAAGACCGGCUAUUACAAGGGAAACAUAACAGCCAUUAAGUAUGUCAACAAGAAACGCAUCGAGCUCACCAGGAAAGUGCUGUUUGAACUCAAACAUAUGCGUGAUGUACAGAAUGAACACUUGACGCGCUUUAUCGGCUCUUGUAUCGACCCACCCAACAUCUGCAUCCUUACUGAGUACUGCCCUCGAGGAAGCUUACAGGACCUCAUGGAGAGUGAAGGAAUCACGCUGGACUGGAUGUUUCGCUAUUCUCUGAUCAAUGACAUUGUUAAGGGAAUGGCGUUCCUCCACAACAGCGUCAUUGUCUCCCACGGCAACCUGAAGUCUUCCAACUGCGUGGUGGACAGUCGCUUCGUGCUGAAGAUCACCGAUUACGGCCUGGAAAGUUUCCGCAAGGAGAACAACCUGGAGGAUGUGCACACUCUCUAUGCACGCAAGCUGUGGACGGCCCCAGAGCUUCUGCGUGCCGACAACCCACCUGCAUGUGGGACACAGAAGGGUGACGUCUACAGCUUUGGCAUCAUCCUGCAGGAACUUGCCCUGCUGAAGGGCGUCUUCUACCUGGAAGGCCCUUGUCUCAGCCCUAAAGAGAUCAUAGAGCGUGUGGCGGAGGGCUGCUGGCCGUACCUGCGGCCGCUGCUGUGUCCUCAGAGCCACAGCGAUGAGUUGGGACAGCUGAUGCAGCGCUGCUGGUCAGAAGACGUCAACGAGAGGCCCGACUUCAACCAGAUUAAAGUACUGCUUCGCAAGAAUAACCGGGGAUAUGGUUCCAACAUCCUGGAUAACCUCCUGUCCCGUAUGGAGCAGUAUGCCAAUAACCUGGAGGAACUGGUGGAGGAGAGGACGCAGGCGUACCAUGAGGAGAAGCGUAAAGCUGAAGCUCUGCUCUAUCAGAUCCUCCCACACUCAGUGGCUGAGCAGCUGAAGCGAGGUGAGAUGGUGCAGGCAGAAGCCUUUGACUCGGUCACCAUCUACUUCAGUGACAUUGUGGGCUUCACCGCAUUAUCAGCCGAAAGCACACCAAUGCAGGUGGUGACGCUGCUGAAUGAUCUCUACACUUGCUUUGAUGCAAUCAUCGACAAUUUUGACGUGUACAAGGUGGAGACCAUCGGUGACGCCUACAUGGUGGUGUCGGGCCUUCCUGUGAGGAACGGGAAACUGCACGCACGCGAGAUCGCCCGCAUGUCUCUGGCUCUGCUGGAGGCUGUUCACUCCUUUCGAAUCCGCCACCGACCCGACCAGCAGCUCCGCCUACGCAUCGGCAUCCACAGCGGCCCCGUGUGUGCAGGGGUGGUUGGUUUGAAAAUGCCUCGGUAUUGUUUGUUUGGCGAUACCGUCAACACAGCUUCACGCAUGGAAUCCAAUGGAGAAGCCCUGAAGAUCCAUGUUUCAGAGGCCACACGGGCCGUCCUGCAGGAAUUCAACUGCUUCCAGCUGGAGCUCAGGGGAGAUGUGGAGAUGAAGGGAAAGGGACGGAUGAGAACGUACUGGCUGCUGGGAGAGAUCAGCUCCAAUAAUGCCUAAAAACUGACAGAGAGGAGAGGAGAGAACAAAACAAAACGCAUCUAAACAAGUACUGGGACAGUGUGGGACACCGGGAUGAAAGAAGGUUUCUUCAGAAAAAGACCUGACUUAGAAAGCAAUGUUUCAAAACUGGGUCUUGUUCAUCUUUCAUUUCCCAAAAGCUUCAUGUUAUUGCUUCAUGGGAAUCUAGCUGUGACUUUUUUUGCCAAGUAAACUUGAGCAGAAUCUUUUAGACACAUGAAAGAUGACAUAACACACCAUCAGAUCGGUGUGACCGGAUCGAGUGUUUACGGGUCUCGUAGGAGUUUUGAAUUUUGUUUUGUCGUGAUAGGUCUUCGUCCAGAUUUUUUUAAGCCUCUGGGUCUGUUUGUUGUCGUUCAUGUUAUUGGUCACACAGAGACACAGUGCUGUAGUCACUCUAGUUUUUGAACCAUGCGAAAUGUUCUCGAUUCCUCCUCUAUCUGCCAGAACUGCUCCAGUCAGCAGAGGGUUUUGAACCACAGAUAAAGGUUACGCACAGAAGAGAAAUAAUAAUAAAUGGCAAGUAUGGUUAAGAAAGCAGAGAAAUGUGCAAUGAUGGAUUUUGUUCUCAGAUCUCAAGAGCAUUUCCCUACAGAUGUUGCAAUAGUGCUUCAGAGAAACCAGCACAGGGAUGUUCUUGUCUUCAUUUAAUAGCAGGAUUUACUUUCCCCUUAAUGUCAUCAAGAAAAACACAAACACUUUUAACUUCCAGAAUGUGUGAUAUUUCCAAAUGGAACUUGAUUUUAUCCAUUGGGAUUUAAUUUAGGAAUUCUGAGAUUCCACUCGGAUCCAUUCAUGUGCUUGGAUUUCUAAAAAAUUUGGGGUCAGUAAGAUUUUUUUACUGUUAUUCGGCAAGGAUGCAUUAA